UCACAGUAGACGUUAACCUACGUUCCCAUUCAACGUAGUAGACCGAAGAUGGCUGAGCGAGGAUACAGUUUUUCUUUAACAACAUUUAGUCCUUCUGGAAAGUUGGUUCAGAUUGAGUAUGCUUUGGCAGCAGUAGCAGCUGGUGCUCCAUCUGUUGGAAUUAAAGCUGCAAAUGGAGUUGUGCUAGCAACAGAGAAAAAACAAAAGUCUAUACUUUAUGAUGAACAGAGUGUCCAUAAAGUGGAGCCUGUCACCAAGCACAUAGGCAUGGUGUAUAGUGGAAUGGGCCCAGAUUACAGAGUUUUGGUACGACGAGCUCGUAAGUUGGCACAACAGUAUUUCUUAGUUUAUCAGGAGCCCAUUCCCACUGCUCAGCUAGUGCAAAGAGUAGCAUCAGUAAUGCAGGAGUACACGCAGUCAGGUGGUGUGCGUCCUUUUGGAGUUUCAUUACUCAUAGCUGGAUGGGAUGAGGGUCGGCCCUAUCUUUUCCAGUCAGACCCAUCAGGUGCUUAUUUUGCAUGGAAAGCAACAGCUAUGGGAAAGAAUUAUGUAAAUGGAAAAACCUUCCUAGAAAAAAGAUAUAAUGAAGAUUUAGAGCUUGAAGAUGCUAUUCAUACAGCUAUUCUGACACUAAAGGAAAGUUUUGAAGGACAGAUGACUGAAGACAACAUAGAGGUUGGCAUCUGCAAUGAGGCAGGAUUCCGCAGGCUGUCCCCAGCAGAAGUUAAAGAUUACUUGGCGGCAAUAGCCUGAGUUAAUAUCUCUAUGAUUUUUUUCUUUUGCUUUGCCUGGUAGUCCUUUUGUCUUGUAGGUUUUUCAAUAACCUACAAUUACUGUAUUUUCAAUUAAGGAAAUUUUUUAUCAUUUGUAUUCCCUAUUUUCUGCCAUAAAUCCACAACAAUAAAUAUGGAAAAUUCGAUAUCCUAACUUGAAAAAAAAAAUUAUUA